AUGACUGCUUCUCCAAAAGUUGAGAAUGUAUCAUCCGUGACUAUUCCGAAAAUUCCAAUGAGACCGAAUGGAUUCGUAGCUGGUCGAGAUUCGAAGAAACUGGCGAUUCAAAGAUUCAAACUCCUCGUUUCGGACUUUUUGACUGAUGCUCAACUUUCUAAAAGCAUUGACGUAGCAGCUGUCGGAAUGCAUAAAGGAAAACCAUUGGAUGAUAUCAUAGAUGAUGUUUAUGCACGUCUUCGUCGAAAUUUGACAACAAAACAAAUCAGUCAACUGGCGAAGGCACAGAAGGGAUUAGUUGAGGAUUUGGAUGAGAAAUCGGCAAAAUUGGUGAAAGCGCGAGUCAAGAGAAUGAUUGUCUAUUCAUUUGAUCCCGCUGCUGAACAGAUUCAUAAAUUUGCAACGAGACCUUCCAUGGCAUUUGCUUUGAUUGCUGAAACAAUCAAUGAGAGAUUUGUUGGAUCUGUGAAGGAUUUGAUUCGAGAUGUUUUAACUCCAAAGGAAUACGAAAUCUUCCGGAAACACUAUCAUCCAACGAUAUUCAAGUUGGAUAAUGAUAAUAAAAGUAUGGAAAUUGUAAACAUGACAACUCCGAAAAUGUUUCAAUCUUUGAUCUGGUAG